GGGGCCGGGGCCGUGGCUCCGCGGCUCGGUGCGGGCAGCGCUCCUCGGCGGCGGCGCGGCGGGGAGCGGGGUGGCCGCUGCGGCAGCUUGAGGCACACUCUUCAAUAAGAGAAAUGAAGGUGUCUCAACGUUCCCAAGAGUCCAGAUGAGUGUUUACCAUGCCUCUGGGAACGUUCCUCCUUCCUGUUCUCUGUUUCUUGGGAGCAGCAAUUCCACAGGGACUGCAGUAUGUCACGUUCUCGCACAACGCUACGAAAUUCCUUCACCUGUCUAUGGACUUGGAAUCUGGGACCAUUUACUUGGGAGCCACCAACUUUCUCUUUCAGCUGACGUCUGACCUGCUGAUGAAGAAUGUGGUUCAAACUGGACCAGUUCUGGACAGCAAAGAUUGCCUGCCCCCGGUCUCAAAGCUGGAGUGCCCUCAGGCACACCACACCGACAAUCACAACAAGCUGCUGCUAGUGAAUGCAGUGCAGAAGGAGCUUAUCGUGUGUGGCAGCGUGCACCAGGGAAUCUGUGAGAAGAGGAGCCUCACAUCCAUUGACCAUGUCCUCUUCCGACCAGAGAGCCCCGGAGACACUCAGUAUGUUGCUGCCAAUGAUCCCAAUAUCACCACUGUGGGACUUAUAGCCUACUCAAAGGAUGAAGUCCCCUUGCUGUUUGUGGGACGAGGGUACACUAGCCGGGGAGUUGGAGGAGGGAUUCCUCCCAUCACUACCCGAAAUCUCAGGGCCCACGGAGGGGAUGUUCAAGCGACAGACUCUCACUCUAUUUUCUCCUAUGAAGAAACAGCAAAACUGGCUGUGGGCCGGCUCUCAGAGUACAACCACCAUUUCAUUAAAUCCUUCACUUACCGCUCGAGUGUCUAUUUCCUAUUCUACCGUCGGGACCUCAAAUCUCAGUCACGUGAGUACAAGACCUACAUCUCGCGAAUCUGCCUGGAUGACUCUCAUUAUUACUCCUAUGUGGAGUUACCUCUGCUCUGCCAGGGCAAAGCCAAUACGUACAGCCUCCUGCAAGCAGCCUAUGUCACUCGGCCGGGAAAAGGUCUGGCCCAGGGGCAGCUAUACACCGAGGGAGAAGUGCUGUUUGCAGCCUUCUCUGCCUGGCAAGCUUCUUCUGGCAGACUGAGCGAGGAGUCUGCGCUCUGUGUCUACGCAAUGGAGGAGGUGGAUCGCCUGACCAACUGGACUAGGGAUGUUUGCUACAUGAGAGAUGGGAAGUCAGAAGAAGGGACAGAAGUGGCAUAUAUUGAAUACGAUGUCAGUUCCAACUGUGUCCAGCUGCCAGCGGACACCCUGUAUGCAUACCCCUGUGGCUCUGACCACACUCCCAGCCCUAUGGCCAGCCGGGUACCCUUGGAAGCAGCCCCACUGCUGGAGAAAAGAGAGGGCCGUCUGACAGCUGUGGCAGUGAAUGUGGAAGAUGGCCACACGAUUGCUUUUCUGGGAGACAGCAGAGGGAGACUGCACAAGGUGUACUUAGGAGCAAUGGGAGAUGCACAUAUAUACGCUUCCUUAGCUAUCCAGUUAAAUAGCAUCGUGAGUGGAGACCUGCUGUUUGACCAGUUGCAGGAGCACCUCUUUGUCAUGACCCAGUCAAUGGUGGUAAAAGUUCCCAUACUAGAAUGUUCCCUGUACUUGGACUGCGAAUCCUGUCUGGCACUGAAAGAUCCCUACUGUGGCUGGUGUGUCCUUCAGGGACGGUGCAGCCGUCGCUCUGAGUGCCUGCGGUCCAGGUUGAGCGAGCAGUGGCUCUGGAGCUUUAACUCUACACAGCAGUGUCUCUCUGUCCAGUCGCUAACUCCAGCCAAUAUCAGCAGAGAGGAAAAGAGAAAUAUAUUCUUGGCUAUCUCGGACUUACCUUCCCUGCGUGAGGAAGAAUUUUACUCAUGUUACUUUGAAGAUUAUGAAAGCCCAGCAGUCCUGACAGAGUCAGGAAUCAUGUGUCCUUCUCCAGAUCCCAGCCAAGCACCAGCUUUGCCAACAGGAGCAGAUCAUGUCACCAUAAAGCUCGUAGUGCGUUUCCAUGACAUCUUCAUUGCUUCUGUGGACUUCUCUUUCUAUGACUGUGCUGCAGUGGCCCUGAUGUGGAAAUCGGCACCGUGCCAGAAGUGUGUGAGCAGUCUCUGGGGAUGUAACUGGUGUAUCCAGCAGCACCUCUGCACCCACAAAGCAGCCUGUGAGGAAGGAACCAUUAUCUACAAUGAAAGGGCGCAGAUCCCAACCUCAAGUGUGUUUCCUUCUUCAGCAGCUCCCCUCACCAAGUCCUCUACCACAGCCUCAAACAUGGCCACAAAACCCGUCACUCCCCCUGUGCAUGCGGUACCAAGCGCUGUGCCCCCCACGGAGCCCAACCUUGUCACGCUCUCCACAGCCUUGGAUAUGACAACUAAGCCUACAGAAACCCUCAGCUAUACAUACUUGACUCUCUCAACUGAAGCAGCCUCUCUCCAGGCUGUCACAGAAUCCCCUCUGCCACCACCAGCAGACAAACCUGCUGUCACUGUGCCGGAGACAACUUCUCCUGCUGCAUCUGUCCUUGCCAGCCCAUCCAAAAACAUGGAUCACGCAGCUUUGCCCACUGAAGGGCCAGCCACUGGCCGGGAGCCGCAGCACACCGACCCACCCACCACCCUAGUGGGUAGUCCUCUGCACACAUCUGCAGCAGCAGUAACACCUUCCCCUCACGUCACCGGUUUCAAGUGGCCUCCGAGUUCUUUUCCCAGCACAGAGGCACUGACGUCUGCCAUCCCAUCUCCCCAGACCCCCAGCCAGGUGCCGAGGGGCCCCGCUGCCUCGGACUCUCCCGCACUGCUGGGAACUGAACUACCUGCUUCAGAGCUCCCACCAUCAGCUCCCCCAGACUGGCUGCUGGAGGAAGGCACAGAGCUCCAGGACACAGAGGACUGGAUGGAUUUCCUGCAGGCUGAGAAUGACACAUCUCCCUUCUCUGCUUCUACUCUGCUGUCGGGUGAUGGCGAUUCUUCAGAGAGGGAUGUCCCUGACUUCCCCAGGAUCCUCCACCCUGACCUCGACUAUCAGUAUGAUGCCCCUGAGUUUUGGGAGGAGAAUGAAGAGCUUAGCUGGGGUCCAGAUGCAUGUCCUUGUGUGCAGGGAAUCCAGGGAUCUUCACUGUUUCCAGUCAACGUGGCAAGGAAGAUAACUCUGCUGGGAAAGAAUUUCCACCUCUACCAGGACCAGCAGUGGGACUAUGAGUGUGUCCUGAAUUUGGAGGGGAGAACAGUGGUGAUGGAUGCAUAUGUGGAAGGAGAAGAAACAAACCAGUCCCUCUGUUAUAUCACCUGCCAGAUGAACCAGUACAGUUACACAGCGCCUCAACUCGAAUUCAACGCUGUGGUGUUUGUGCAGAGGCGACAACACCUUCGAGUGGACAGUGCUGCAGAUCUUUAUGUGACUUUUUACAACUGCUCUGUGGGACACACUGAUUGUAGCCGCUGCCAAACAGCUGACUCAAAGUACAACUGUGUGUGGUGUGGAGGUGACAACCCCAACUGUAUCUUCAGGGGCUCCUGCAAGGAAGAGAUAGAAGACCUGUGUCCAGCACCUCUCAUUCACUCUGUGUACCCCCUGUCUGGACCAGUGGAAGGUGGCACUAGAAUCACCAUCACUGGCUCAAACCUCGGGCAGAAACAUCAAGACAUUGCAGAAACUGUCACUGUUGCAGGAAUUCCCUGUGCCGUAGAUGCUCAAGAGUAUGAGAUCUCUAGCAGUAUUGUAUGCGUCACUGGCGGGAGCUGGACGGAGAGAUUUGGGCACAUUGUGGUGGAAGUGCCUGGAGGAGGACGUGGCGUUUCUGGGCAUAUUUUCACCUAUCAGAACCCAGAGCUGAAAUCCAUUGUUCCAACUCGGGGCCCCAAAGCGGGAGGAACCUGCCUUACCCUUCUGGGCUCAAAGCUGCUGACUGGGCAUCCUAGUGAGAUCAGUGUCCUGCUUGGAGACCUCCCUUGCCACAUCCUCUCUGAGAUGACGGAGGAUCAGUUGGCGUGCCAGACGAGUCCCAGCAAUGUGUCCGCAGAACUCCCAGUCACUAUCAAAUACGGGGACCAAGAGCGGAGACUGGAAGGAACCCUCUUCAGAUACACUCUGGAUCCCAACAUUACUUUUGCAGAGCCACCUAAAAGCUUCCUCAGCGGAGGGAGAGUACUCAGAGUUCAUGGAUACAACUUGGACGUUGUACAGAAACCGAAGAUCCGAGUUACAGUUUCUCCAUCUGAACGCCGGCGCCGAGGACUGGGACGGUGGCGCAGAAUCAUCCCAGACACUGAGUGCACCGAGGAUGCUCUGUGCAGCGUCCAGCAGUUUGAAGAACCAUGUCUUGUUAAUUCAUCCUACCUGAUCCUGUGCAAAACUCCAGCCAUUAACCUGCUGUUGCGGAGUGUCCAUAUCAAACUGGAAUUUAUUCUGGAUAAUCUGAGCUUUGAUUUCAACUCAUUGCAUCCCAUGCCCUUCUCUUAUGAAGUCAACCCCAUCCUAAAACCUUUGAACGCUGAAGACCCUGCCAAACCAUAUCGCCACAAGCCAGGAAGCGUCAUCUCUGUGGAGGGGGAAAAUCUAGAUCUGGCUAUUUCCAAGGAUGAAGUUAUGGCUAUGAUUGGGGAAGGAAUCUGUGUGGUGAAGACGCUAACAAGGAAUCAUCUUUACUGUGAGCCUCCUUCCGAGCAGCCAGCUCCGCGGCACCGCACGAAGCGGGAGGGCACAGACUUGCUCCCGGAGUUCACGGUGCAGAUGGGGAACCUGAACUUCCUCCUGGGCCGAGUGCAGUAUGACACAGAAAGCCAGCUCACCUUCCCGCUGGAGGCACAGAUUGGUUUGGGUGUUGGUGCAUCCUUUGUGGCCCUCAUUGUUCUGGUCAUCGUCUUCAUAUACAGGAGGAAGAGCAAACAGGCUCUGAGGGAUUACAAGAAAGUUCAAAUCCAGCUGGAAAAUCUGGAAACAAGUGUUCGGGACAGAUGCAAAAAGGAAUUCACAGACCUGAUGACUGAGAUGAUGGACCUCACAAGUGACCUUGUGGGCACAGGAAUCCCCUUCUUGGACUACAAGUCCUAUGCAGAACGCAUUUUCUUCCCGGGCCACCGUGAGUCACCGCUGCAAAGGGACCUGGACAUCCCUGAGUGCCGGCGCCAAACUGUGGAGCAGGGAUUGGUCCAGCUCUCCAACCUGCUCAACAGCAAGCUCUUCCUCACCAAGUUCAUCCACACUCUGGAAAUCCAGCGCACUUUCUCUCCAAGAGAUCGGGCUUACGUGGCAUCAUUGCUCACUGUGUCACUGCAUGGGAAGCUGGAGUACUUCACCGACAUCCUCAAAACACUCCUGAAUGACCUUGUGGAGCAGUAUGUGGCCAAGAACCCCAAGCUGAUGCUGCGGAGGACAGAAACUGUGGUAGAGAAGCUGUUAACCAACUGGAUGUCCAUCUGCCUGUACGCAUUUGUGAGGGAUUCUGUUGGGGAGCCCCUUUACAUGCUGUUUCGAGGAAUCAAGCACCAGGUGGACAAAGGGCCGGUCGACUGGGUGACAGGGAAAGCCAAAUAUACCCUGAAUGACAACCGCCUUUUGAGAGAGGACCUGGAGUACCGUACUCUGACCUUAAAUGCUUUGACCCAAGCAGGAGUUGCUGCAGGAGGGGCAGAGGACUCCCAAGGGAUUUCUGCAAAAGUGCUAGACUGUGACACCAUAACACAGGUGAAGGAGAAAAUCCUAGAUCAGAUCUAUAAAGGGACACCGUACUGUCACCGACCAGACCCAGACACCCUGGACCUCGAGUGGAGAUCAGGGCUGGCAGGUCAUCUGAUACUGUCCGAUGAGGAUGUGACAUCUGUCGUUCAAGGAACUUGGAAACGCCUGAACACUCUUCAGCAUUACAAGGUGCCCGAUGGAGCAACAGUAGCGCUGGUCCCACGCCUGACCAAGCACAUCCAUAGGGAGAAUCAGGAUUACAUCCCAGGAGAGAAAACGCCAAUGCUGGAGGAUGCAGAUGAAGGUGGGAUCAAACUUUGGCACCUGGUAAAACCAACAGAAGAGCCAGAACUUCCCAAGCAUAGGCGUGGGAGCUUAAGAGAUCGGGAGCGAGCCAAGGCAAUCCCGGAGAUCUAUCUGACACGUCUGCUCUCAAUGAAGGGCACUCUGCAGAAGUUCGUGGAUGACCUGUUCCAGGUGAUCCUCAGUACCAACCGCCCUGUCCCUCUGGCAGUCAAAUACUUCUUUGACCUGUUGGAUGAGCAGGCGAUACACUAUGGGAUCGCAGACCCUGAGACCAUCCAUAUCUGGAAGACAAACAGCCUACCCCUGCGGUUCUGGAUCAACAUCAUCAAGAAUCCCCAGUUUGUUUUUGAUGUGCAGACAUCAGAUAACGUAGAUGCUGUGCUCCUGGUCAUCGCGCAGACCUUCAUGGACUCCUGUACGAUAGCUGACCAUAAGUUAGGGCGGGAUUCUCCGAUCAAUAAGCUGCUUUAUGCCCGGGACAUUCCUCGCUACAAGCAGAUGGUGGAAAGGUAUUAUGCGGACAUUCGUCAGACCAUCUCUGCCAGUGACCAGGAGAUGAACUCUGCCCUGGCUGAGCUAUCACGGAAUUACUCAGGUGACCUCAAUUCCCUGGUGGCUCUACAUGAAUUGUACAAAUACAUCAAUAAGUACUAUGACCAGGUGAGUGUGUUCAUACCUGCUAGAAACACAUGCCCUUCUCCUUUUACCACCCAAUCAACAAACCUCCAAGAAUUAGUAAUCAAGAGCAGCCAGACUAUUACAACGCUGUGUAUUGUUUCAUUGGCAUGUGUAACUUCCAUGUCAUAUGUUUGCUUUAUCCUUAUCAGAGGGAGGGAGGAAGUCACAAAAAAGGAUUUAUCUCUAACUUGAAGGUUGUUGGGAUUUCGUGUACGCUUUUUUCUUUUUUUGUUUUUUUUUGACGCUGAUAUCCAAAUACUCAGAAAUGAAAUGCAGUUCAGAUUCAUUUACUAAAGAGAUCAUUUUCAGGUGAGAAGUUUAGCAUUCAUUCUGCGCUACGGAGCUUGUAAGUUAUUAGGAUGAAUCUAGAAUACUUACUUGGUGGUUAAUUUGAGAUGAAUUACUGCAUAGCCGCUCUAGUCUUGAGCGUGCUGGAUUCCAGCCUGGGGCUCCCCCCCGUGCAUGGAGUUGAGCUGGCUGGCAGUGUUGUGUGCAGGAGAAAGGCUGCCAGUGAGCUCUGUCUCGUUGUAGAUCAUUACUGCCUUGGAAGAAGACCCAACGGCACAGAAGAUGCAGCUCGGAUAUAGACUACAACAGAUUGCAGCAGCUGUGGAGAAUAAAGUCACGGAUUUGUGACAGGUGCAGACAGACUGCUCUCCCCUGGCUGAACAGGGACAGUGCUCGUCCUAGCUAUACACAGGGUGUCCUGCUGCCAUUGGAACCAGACUUUCCAAGGAACCCGCGGGUGACAUGAACAGAGAUGUCCGAGGCAGUACAAAGUACAAGCGUCCUUGCAUCUCAGAGAAUAUUUUUUUACAGUUUUUUUCUUUUUAAAAGCAAAACAAAACAAAAAAACCCAAACUUUGGUUUUCCUCUAGCAGACUGUCAGGGGGACCACACAGCUCCUUCCUACAGGUGUUACGUGAAUGUGCCAAGUUUCCAAACGAUGCUGUUGAAGAGCCAGGUGACAGCACCAAGCACCGUGUUUGUGGAGUCUUUGGCCUUGCACAGAUGCCCUUGCCAACGCUGGGAGUCCCCCUGCAGCUGCUCACUUCAGCAGGGACAUGGGAAGCUUUCCCCACACUGACAGCUGUGCCAGCUUCUGUCCCCGGCUAGUGAGCGCUCCUGCAGUAUCCCACCUGAGAAACUUCCUUGCAGCAAUGUCCCCACUGGUUCUGGAUGUUGGAUGUAGAAAGGAGAGUGUCUGAUGGUGAAAGUCUCUUGCUCCCCAGUGUUCUAGUCUCUGAGAGCUUGUGCGCGACACCUGCUUGGAUGUAACGUGCUCACCAGCGUGCGCGCUUGCCCAGGGGCCUACUGGAAAUGGACAGCACCCCCUCACCUUUUCCCUCAGGACAAAUUCAUCAUGUGAGAGUCACUGCCUGGCUCGUCUCAGUCGCCGCUGACCCAGCUCAGGAUCCAUCUUCCUGGUUCCUUGUGGUCAGGAGUUGCCCUGCUCUUUGAAAAAGCACAACUGCCUUGUGCCACUUCCCCUUCCUCCGGUGUCUAGCUGUUCUGCUGCUCUGAACUGGACUUGUAAAUACCCUCAGAAAGUUAAUGUAUUUAAAUGCUAAAGGAGAAUGUUUUAAUUUUGUGGCUUUGAGACAAAGCUUUUCUUGGAGAAGUAUCUCUGUGCACUUCUACUGACAAACGUCUGUCAGCACUGGAGCAAAGUUUUCUCCACUGCUUUGUCUGCAGGGAUAACUCGUAGAUGUCUCUGUUGUUGUAACAACAGUUUGCUUUUCCCCGCAGCUCACUUCAGGGCUUAGCUGUGUGCUCUUCCAUUAGGCUUGCUUACACCCUACUCAGUUUCAUUUCCCAGACUCUCCUCUUGUGGCACAUAGAAGGGUUAUUUGGUGAGCUGUGAACUCAAGGAAGCCGUGAAGCACAAGUGCGCUGUUCUCCAGGAGCGUCAGAUGUCCUGCAAAUGGGUGAUUCGUGUGAGGAAGGAGAGGCUGGAGUGGGCACAAGCACAGUUAGCUGCCAGCUGUCCCUAGGCAGGUCCUCGCUGCUCCCUCCUCAGCUCCUGGGCUUUGUGAACAGAGCGCUCUGUCCUUCUGGGAGCAAAUUCCUAUUUAUAAGGAUACCCUACUUGUUCUUACCCCCUGCUGCUAAUUCCACGCUGAUGUCCUGCGUGCCUGGGACAGGUAGACAGGUCUGACUCCUCUGUCACUUCCCUGAGGAUGUGAUCACGUGAGCCAGGAGUGACCAGAGCUAAAACAGGGCAGGAUCGUGUCCCUGCCUUUCUUUAGAUUGCAUAUAGCAGUAAUUCCAGGCCUAUCGAUUCAGCCCUGUGGCUUUGUGCGAGCCGUGCACAGUUGCUAAACUGUUCUCUGAGCAAUGUGACAAUGAGCUAAUGCUGGUCUCUCCUCCUACGAAGCCAGCUCUCUCCUGUGACCCUCUCUCAGCAAUAUGCCCAGGUACUCUGUGUGCCCAGAGUAUGGCCAGCAUCUCAGUGCCACCCCCUGCUCCUGUCCUGCUGUACAGAGCAGCAGGUGAACUGGCUGGUUGCUGCCGGGGAGAAGACGGGGGACAGUUUGCCUCUCUUCCCCCAGGUGGGCACCAGUUUGGGUCUCGCUCCUGCCUGACCACCCAUUUCCACAAAACUUACAGGGGUUUAGCAUCUCUGAAGCCUCUGUCUCAACCAAAUCUGAUUAAAUCAGCCCAAAAAUAGCUGGGUGGAGGAAAUGACUGACAGAUGGAAAGGGCGAAAAAGCAGAUACAGUCCAAUUAGUAAAGCCCAUUCCCUUAGGAACUGCAGGAGGUGAUUCCUUGGUCUGAGGCAGGUGCAGGUGCAGUGGCAGAGUAGCGUUGUUCCCUUGUGCAUUGACGGAUGGAGUUUGUGCCCCAGGCAGCGAGGUGUAGUUGUGGCCUCUCCAACUCACUGAGUGCCUGCCAGAAGCCACAGGCUCUCUGCUGGAUUUACGGCUCUGCAGACUGUUAAUGUCUGUCCCUAUUUUUGCAGAAUUAUCUCUGUACUUUCCUGUAACAGGGUGGCUGGGGGCUUAAUUCUGAAUCCGGCACCCAUUGGCAAAGGGAGGAGGACUUGGUGGCUCUCCUGGAGUCGUAGUGACAAGAGUCCAGGUGUCUGUGCUGAGAGUGCAGCCUGUGCCCGUGUGGCUGACCGAGGCUGUGGGGUAAGUGGGCUCCACGUCCUCUUUGCUUCUCGGUCGUGCUCCUGGGUGUUGGAUGUGAUCUGCUUUCUCCGAGUGUAUCUCUGAAAGUCUGCUUUUAUUGGAGCAAUAAUCAAGACUUCAAAAUAGAGCUAAACAUAGGUGAUUGACUUGUUUAACAUCUUCAUCUUGUCCUUGCAUGGCUGGGCAGGAGGCACUGCCCUGUGCAGGUGCAGUGAGGGUGGAAAGCUGGUAGUGCCCGUCUCUUCCCAUCUGUCUGUCCUUGGUGUUCUAGAUACCGGCAUCCCGCUCCCCUGCGACACACGCUAAAGGCCCCUCGCUGGAAUCAUCUUGGGUGUUUAGGCAUGGCCCCUCUCCCCUCCGUCCAUGCCCCUCUCCUGUGGCAAAAAUCUGUUACUACAACAGGGUUCUGUUGCAUUUAAAAAUUUGCACAAAACAGGUUUCAUUAUGAAAAUCCCUGUUGCAGGGAAGACUUAUUUAUUUAUUCCUCACGAUCCUUCCAAGUUUCUUCUAGUCUCUGCCUGAUUCCAUGACCAGCUUAUCAAACACUCUGGAGAUGGACGUUCCUUCUUAAGGAUGGAGAAUCCUCUCUGUAUAUUCCUGUUUUCUUACAGGUAGAAAGUUCUGUGGGCACUGGCUGAGAGUGCGCUGACCAUUCCCCUUCUGCAAGACCACAAGUGCAGCGAGGGGACGUCGCUGCUUUAAUCGUAUUCGCAGAAAGGGGAUGUUCUUGAAUAGCAGGCAUUAAAAUUUAUUUAGUACUGUGGUCAGAGGAAGGAACUUGCUUCCACCAUGGUCUGGAUGAAACGCCGAGAACUGAUCAGUAUUAAGACAAAUAUCCGUUAGUGUAUCUGAAAGUCUCCUGUUGGCAUGACUAAGAGUAGUUGGCAUCCCUGGGAUGUAGAUGUGAGAGCAAUUGCUUUCAUCUGUCUGGUGGCAAACUAGACUGUACCUGGAAGCUUUUUUUUUUUUUUUGAUAGAAAUUAUAGCUGAUUUUUUUU